CAUCAAUCGCAUCAUAACGACAAGAGUUUAUAGAAAGAAAACGAAUUGGUCAUUUCAAUUCAAAUUGUUAUUGAGCGCAAUAGAAAAACAAAAACGUUUUUGUGAGCAUGUUAGAUCAGAUUUCGAAAAAUAAGAAAGUUAAGGUUUCCCAUCUGAAACGCGGUCCUUGGAAAGUAGAAGUUUCUUCAACUGCGAAAAACACCAGGAAUUUCAUAAGGGAAAUUGUUGACAACAUUAAAAUCGAGCCUAACCCUAAAAAACAGCUGAUUUCCUUAUCCAUUGGAGAUCCUACAGUUUACGGCAAUCUAAGAACAUCAAAUGAAACUAUAGAAGCAGUAAUUGAAGCAGCUAGAGAAGGUUCUUACAACGGUUACGCACCAGCAGUGGGCUAUCAAAAUGCAAGAGAAGCAGUGGCGGAAUACCUGUCUUUCGAUGGGGCAGAGUACAACUACCAAGACAUCAUACUGUGCAGUGGUUGUUCCUCAUCUUUGGAGAUGUGCAUCACUGUAUUGGCAGAUUCUUUGAAAGGACAAAAUAUUCUGGUACCAAGGCCAGGAUUUCCGAUCUACAGAACCCUUGCUGAAAGCAUCGGUGUUAAGGUGAAGUAUUAUGAUCUCAUUCCUGAAAAAGAAUGGGAGAUCGAUUUGGAUCAUCUAGAAAGUCUGAUAGACAAUAAAACAGCAGCCAUUGUCGUCAAUAAUCCAUCCAAUCCAUGUGGAUCAGUUUACUCCGCAUUGCAUCUCGAGAAAGUACUGGCUGUAGCUUACAAUUACCAGAUACCAAUAAUAGCAGAUGAAAUUUACGAUAGGCUAGUUUUUCCAGGAAACAAGUUUGUUUCUUUAGCCUCCUUGAAUUCCUAUGUACCAAUCUUAGUAUGUGGUGGACUAGCGAAGAGGUUUUUGGUACCCGGAUGGCGUCUUGGUUGGGUUGCUAUUCACGAUCCCAUUGGAGCAUUCGACCAUGGAGUUAGGCAGGGUAUGGUGAAGCUAAGUCAAAGAACUAUUGGAAGUAAUACUCUAAUACAAGGAGCUAUACCGCGCAUAUUAAGAACAUCACAACUGAAAUUUUUCGACAAUAUUAUUGAUACAUUGGUCGAGAAUGCCAAAAUAUGCUAUGAGAUUCUGAAAACUGCAAAAGGAAUCAUACCAUACAAACCUCAAGGGACCAUGUAUAUGAUGAUUGAAAUUGAGUUGGAGAAGUUUCCAGAAUUUCAAAAUGGAAUGAUGUUCGGUCAAAAGAUGAUUGAGGAAGAGUCAGUCUUUUGUUUACCAGGAGAGUGUUUCGAAGUUCCUGGAUUCAUGAGAUUGGUAUUAACAGUUCCACAACACUUGAUGGAAGAAGCCUGUGAACGUAUUGUUGAAUUUUGUAACCGUCAUUAUUUAUUAUCUUAAUUUAUUCAUACUACUAUUGGAAAUAGAUAUAUGCAUUUUCUGUUCCGUACUAGAAUACUCAAGAUUUUUUGUGAGUAUUCGAAUUGAAUGGCUACUCAAUUUACGUUUAGUAUUGUGAACUAAGACUUAUUUUAUUUAUAUCCAUUUCUUUUUUAGUAUUUUAGAAAUUAGCAAGGAUAUUUUUUAAUAAAGAAAAUGAAAGAUAA